GCGAUGUUUAAGGCCCCACUAGCAAGUAAGAGCUAUACCAACUCCAGGCUGUUUUUUUAUGCAGCUUGCAUCUCUAAACAAACAUUAAUGUUUUAAGGCACUGAUAACUUUUUGUUUUAGAAACAAAACAAGUUAAGUCCCUGGAAACUUCUCCUGCAUGAUUUCCAUUUUUCUGCAAUUUUCUUGGGGAACUGAGACGACAAAAUAUCAGAGAUCAUGAAGAGUCUUGGAACUCCAUUCGAGGGCAUUGCAAAGGAUAUUAGAGGAAGAACGUCUUGCUACAAGCAGGAUUGGAUUGCAGGAAUCAGAUCCGGAAUACGGAUAUUGGCUCCAACUACGUAUAUCUUCUUUGCAUCUGCUCUACCAGUGAUUGCUUUUGGAGAACAAUUGAGCCGAGAGACAGAUGGGAGCUUGAGCACUGUGGAAACUUUAGUUUCCACAGCUAUUUGUGGUAUCAUUCAUUCCAUACUGGGUGGCCAACCUCUUCUGUUACUAGGAGUUGCAGAACCUACUAUCAUUAUGUACAGUUACCUCUACAAGUUUUCCAAAGAUAGAGAAGACUUGGGACAGACCCUUUACUUGGCUUGGACUGGAUGGAUUUGUGUCUGGACAGCUCUCAUAUUGUUUCUUUUAGCAAUAUUUAAUGCCUGCUCUAUCGUCAAUAGAUUUACAAGGAUUGCUGGAGAGACUUUUGGCAUGCUUAUCACCGUGCUUUUCAUGCAAGAAGCAGUUAAGGGAAUAGUCAGCGAGUUUCACAUUCCAAAAUCGGAGGAUCCAAGUUCAGAGGAAUAUCAAUUCCAUUGGCUUUACACAAAUGGGCUACUUGGAAUCAUAUUCACUAUUGGCCUUCUCUAUACAGCCUUAAAGAGCAGGAAAGCAAGGUCAUGGUGGUACGGCACAGGCUGGUUUAGAAGCUUCAUAGCUGAUUAUGGAGUUCCCUUGAUGGUACUUGUGUGGUCAGCUCUCUCAUUCAUGGUGCCAGGAAAAGUUCCAUCUGGAGUUCCUAGAAGGCUCUAUAGUCCCCUUCCCUGGCAAUCCGCUUCUGUAUAUCACUGGACUGUACUUAAGGAUAUGGGGAAAGUUCCUCCAGCAUACAUACUUGCUGCCAUAAUACCAGCUCUGAUGAUAGCUGGACUCUAUUUCUUCGAUCACAGUGUUGCUUCGCAGUUGGCUCAACAAAAGGAGUUCAACCUAAAAAAUCCUUCUGCCUAUCAUUAUGAUAUCUUACUCUUGGGAUUUAUGACUUUGCUAUGUGGUUUGAUUGGUUUGCCUCCUUCAAAUGGUGUCCUGCCACAAUCCCCUAUGCAUAGUAAAAGCUUGGCUGUUCUUAAGAAGCAGCUGAUUCGGAAGAAGAUGGUCGAAAGUGCAAAGAAGAGUAUCAAGCAAAAAGCUAGCAACUCUGAAAUCUAUGGCAACAUGCAAACUGUAUUCAUAGAAAUAGACAGUUCUCCUGUUACUGCAGUAGUUAAAGAGUUGGAAGACUUGAAGGAGGCAAUAAUGAAACGCGAAACUGAAGAUGUAGAUGAUGAAAAGUCAAAUAGUAUAUUUGAUCCAGAGAAGCAUAUAGAUGCUUACUUGCCCGUUCGAGUGAAUGAACAAAGAGUGAGCAAUCUAUUACAGUCACUACUAGUGGCAGCAUCAGUAGGUGCUAUGCCAGUGAUAAAGAAGAUACCAACCUCAGUUCUUUGGGGAUAUUUUGCUUAUAUGGCUAUUGACAGCCUGCCUGGAAAUCAACUAUGGGAAAGAAUCUUGCUUCUCUUCAUCACCCCUGGCAGGAGAUUUAAGGUUCUAGAAGGGGUGCAUGCAUCUUUUGUGGAGUCAGUACCAUUCAAAUACAUCGCAAUCUUCACAGUAUUCCAAUUUGUGUUUUUUCUAGUGUGUUUUGGAGUCACUUGGAUUCCCAUAGCUGGCAUUCUAUUCCCAUUGCCAUUCUUUCUCCUCAUAAGCAUAAGGCAGCAUUUGCUACCCAAGUUGUUCCACCCUCGUCAUUUGCAAGAGCUUGAUGCAGCUGAGUAUGAGGAAAUUGCUGGUUCUCCUCAACGUGCACUUAGUUUCUCUUUCAGUGAAACGGAGGCUACUAUUCCUAGAACUGAAGAAGGAGAAAUCGAAAUUUCUGAUGCUGAGAUAUUGGAUGCACUUACGACCAGUAGAGGAGAGUUGAAAGUCAGGACCGCCAGCUCCAGCGAGGCCGAUAAGCGCCCACAAGUUCAUCCCAACUGAUGACACAGAAUCUGAUGACAAGGAACUAUAUAGUGAUGAAUACAGGUAUUGAAUGUGUGUAUAAACUAUAAUAGGAACCAAUCGAAAGUGAAGAGAAAUAAAGAUAUCAAAAUCUCUAUGCAUGGUUCUAUAUUAUAGUGAAAUUUUUAAUGUUUUUGGUUUGAUAUCACUGCAAGAACGUGUGAGGUAGAGUGUAUAAUGCUAUAAAGAUGUAGGUCUAGCAUGAGAGUGAACUUUAUACCAGUACUCAAUAAGCAGGCAGAUAUCGCUUUGAGAAUGUACAGUUUCUACUCACUUUUUGUUUUUU